UUCGUGGACUGGGAAGUCACCGCUUGCAUGUGUUCACCCUUCCAGGGCGAACAAUUUCACCUAUAAACCGUGGAACUGCUAAGGUACACCAAAAUAACUGUUCAAAAUGUUCUGCCACGUUACGCGGUCUGAUUCGGUUGUUAUGGAGGUGGAGGUUGAUGCGAAGGCAAACGGAGAGGACUGCUUGAACAAGGUAUGUCAAACGUUGGGAAUCAUUGAAGUGGAUUACUUUGGACUUCAGUUCACUGGCAGCGGAGGAGAGAGCUUGUGGCUGAACCUGAGAAACAGAAUCUCCCAGCAGAUGGACACCGUGUCCCCAUGCCGACUGAAACUGAGAGUGAAGUUCUUUGUGGAGCCUCAUCUCAUCCUUCAGGAACAAACAAGGCACCUGUUCCUGUUGCACGUGAAAGAGGAGCUCCACAGAGGCAGCUUGCGCCUGGACGCCGAGCAGGCCGCCGAGUUCUGUGCCCUCCUGGCGCAGGCUGAGCUGGGGGACUACAACGCCAACACCGCCAAGUACAGCUACGCCCACCUGUGCGGAGAAGAACCCAGUCCUGCCACCCUCAACGGCCUUAUUUCGAAGCACCAGGAGCUGGAGGGGAUGAGCGGGCCGUCGGCGGAGUACCAGGCCCUGCAGCUGGUGUCCACUCUGGAGAACUACGGCGUGGAGUGGCACUGGGCCCGGAACAUCGAGGGCCAGAGUCUGGCCAUAGGAGUGGGCCCAGAGGGAGUGUCCGUCUGCAAGGACGACUUCACACUCAUCAACAGGAUUGUUUACCCAGUCUUUCAGAUGGCCACGCACUCGGGCAAGAACGUUAACCUCACGGUCACCAAGGAUACCGGAGAGAGUGUUGUCCUUGAGUUCAAGCUCGUCAGCUCUCGAGCAGCCAAGGGCCUGUAUAGAGCCAUCACAGAGAUUCAUGCCUUCUACAGAUGCGACACGGUCACCAGCGCCGUGAUGAUGCAAUACAGCCGCGACUUCAAGGGCCACCUGGCCUCGCUCUUCCUGAACGAGAACAUCGACCUGGGCAAGCGCUACGUCUUCGACAUCCAGCGCACCUCCAAAGAGGUGUACGACCGCACGCGCCGGGCCCUCUUCAGCGCCGGCGGGACGGGCGGGACGGGCACGGACGCCUCGGCCGGCGGCCAGCGCUGCCGCUCGUCGGCGCUGCACUCCCUCGGGGAGGACGGCGAGGAGGACGAGGAGGCGGACGAGGAGGGCGCGUGCGAGGGCUGCCGGGAGAAGCGGCUGCUGCAGGAGCGGCUCCAGAGGCUGCAGGAGGCCCUGCUGUGCGCCCUGUGCUGCGAGGAGGAGAUCAACGCCGCCUUCUGCCCCUGCGGCCAUACCGUCUGCUGCCAGGGCUGCGCCACCCAGCUCCAGUGUUGUCCCGUGUGCCGUUCAGAAGUGGACCAUAUACAGCAGGUCUACCUGCCCACGUGUGCCAGCCUGCUGAACCUGGCACUGCCAAGCAAGCACACCUCCUAUACCAUACACAGGGCAAUGCCCUCGCACAGAGAUGCUGCAAUGGACUACACAGACAGUGAAAAGAUCUGUUAAUCACACGUGCACAGGGGGGUGCUGGUUACCACCCUUACGCACACACACACACUCACACAUACACACAUACACACACACACUACUGUCUACCCGCAGUUGUUUUUCCAUGCAGACACAGCCAUCAAAGAGAUUCCGUUUAAUUUCGGCGGCCAUUUUCUUCUCGUGGACCCGCCAUCAGUAGAUCUGAUGGCCUUCGGUCUCACAGUGCCUUUGUGCCAUGUUUUGUUUUGUAAAAGUAUGUAUGAAAGAAAAAAAAGGGAACGGUCUUGAAAAAGGGAAAGUCUUAGGAGGACUCCAUGAACACUCCGAGUCAGAGAGAUCCUUUCUGAGAGCGUGCCGUGUGCACAAGCUUUUGGGUGUUUUAAAAGCUGAAUGUGCAUUAUCUCUAGCCAGGUCCAACACACGCCACAUAGUGGACCAAUACUGUAGCAUUUCCUUCUUUUGAUCUUACACUUUACAUGGACAUGGUUCCUUGAAUUACCAUGAAAUGUAUCUCAGUGAUAUCUCUGACAUCUCAGAAAUGUAUUAUGACUUCUAAAGACCUUUUGAACGCUGAUAAAGUAUACAUUUGACUGAAUGUCAGUAUUCUUUUGUAACGUUUUCACUUGACUUUGGAAUAUUUCAUAUCACCCAGGUUAUUAAAACCAUUAUGUUUGAUAA